CGGAAGCGGAAGUGCCCCGGCCAGAGGCGGGACUAGGAUCCGAAGGGGCUCGGGUUUGCGGAAGUUUUGAAGAGGGUCCGGUGCUGGCGAGCGCAGUGUUGUUUCAGAACAAGUUCCGGACAGAAGGCCUUCGCUUGUGAUCCGAGAGCCACCAGCUUCCCCAGGUGUGGGGCCGUAACACUGGGCCCGAUCCGAGGUCCCUGCUCUCGGCUCUCCUCGCACCCCGUUGGACCCCGGGGAACCGCCUCGCGUCUCCACCAUGUCAUCCAGUAGCCCCAAUCUCCAGAAAGCAAUAGAUCUUGCUAGCAAGGCGGCACAAGAAGACAAAGCUGGAAACUACGAGGAAGCCCUUCAGCUCUACCAGCAUGCUGUGCAAUAUUUUCUCCAUGUGGUCAAAUAUGAAGCACAAGGUGACAAAGCCAAGCAGAGCAUCAGAGCAAAAUGCACAGAAUAUCUUGACAGAGCCGAGAAGCUGAAGGAGUAUCUGAAACAGAAGGAGAAAAAGCCACAGAAGCCAGUGAAAGAAGCACAGCCGAGCUCAGCGGAUGAGAAGGGGAAUGACAGUGAUGGGGAAGGAGAAUCUGACGAUCCUGAAAAAAAGAAACUGCAGAAUCAGCUUCAAGGUGCCAUUGUUAUAGAGCGACCAAAUGUGAAAUGGAGUGAUGUAGCUGGUCUUGAAGGAGCCAAAGAAGCACUUAAGGAGGCUGUGAUACUGCCUAUUAAAUUUCCUCAUUUAUUCACAGGCAAGAGAACACCUUGGAGGGGAAUCCUAUUGUUUGGGCCACCUGGAACAGGAAAAUCCUAUUUAGCCAAAGCUGUAGCAACAGAAGCAAACAACUCAACAUUUUUUUCAAUAUCUUCCUCUGACCUUGUUUCUAAAUGGUUAGGUGAAAGUGAAAAACUAGUUAAGAACUUGUUCCAGCUUGCCAGAGAAAACAAGCCUUCCAUUAUCUUCAUAGAUGAAAUUGAUUCUUUGUGUGGUUCAAGAAGUGAAAAUGAAAGUGAAGCUGCACGGAGAAUUAAGACAGAGUUCCUAGUUCAAAUGCAAGGAGUUGGUGUGGACAAUGAUGGAAUUUUGGUUCUGGGAGCUACAAAUAUCCCCUGGGUUCUGGAUUCUGCCAUUAGGCGAAGAUUUGAGAAACGAAUUUAUAUUCCUUUGCCUGAAGCUCAUGCCCGAGCUGCCAUGUUUAAACUGCACUUGGGGACGACUCAGAACAGUCUAACAGAAACUGACUUCCGAGACCUUGGGAAGAAAACGGAUGGUUAUUCAGGGGCAGAUAUAAGUGUCAUUGUACGUGAUGCGCUUAUGCAGCCCGUUAGAAAAGUACAGUCAGCUACUCACUUUAAAAAGGUUCGUGGACCUUCUCGAUCAGAUCCUGGAAACAUUGUUGAAGAUCUACUAACGCCCUGCUCUCCAGGGGAUCCUGGUGCCAUUGAAAUGACAUGGAUGGAUGUCCCUGGGGAUAAACUUUUGGAGCCAGUGGUUUCCAUGUCGGAUAUGUUGCGGUCACUGUCUAGUACAAAACCCACGGUCAAUGAACACGAUCUGUUGAAAUUAAAGAAGUUUACAGAAGACUUUGGCCAAGAAGGCUAACCCAAAGACAGCAGUAAAGAUGUGUACCCUAUGUAUUAUUUCUUUCAUAGAUAUUUUUGCCUUUCUUGGAUGGCAUUCAGAUUAUUUCCACUAAAACUUCCCACACAGGGAAAUGUUCAUCUCACUCCAGCGUUACUUCAAGUUUUAUAUUGUACUUUUCCUCUGUUACCUAUUAAAUACUUCUGUUAAAAAAAUUACAAAACAGUGGGUUAUAGGGAAGUGAGUAAUACAUAAUGGCAAAAAAUAGAAAUUCCCCAGUAAAAGAAGAAAGUUAACCAUUGAUUAACAUACAGAUACUCAGAAUUUUUGUGAAUGAUGAUCUUUGCAAAGAACGUUUAUCUUUUUUUUUUUUUACUAAAAUGAAAUAGGGCUUAUUUUAUAUUUUGAAAAAAAUUUUAAGCAUCAUUCAUAUUAUCAAUGUAAAAUGUAUUUACUUCAUUAAAAAAUUUAAAAUAAUAGAAUCUUUACUCUCAGGGAUGGGCAGUAAAACAGCAGAGAGUACUGUGAUUGGGUUUGAGAGACUGAAUUGUGCUACAGCCAGUGCUCUGAUUUUCAGUAGGUUGGUUUUUUUUUUUUUUUUUUCUGUGUAGGUUUAAAUAAUUUCUUUCAAGGCAACCAGCUUUUGCAUUUAAAUUAUACCUUUCACUGUGAAAUCUCAAGAGAAACACUUUAAAUUAGGCACUUCUUUACCUUAAAGAAGAAAAUUGUCUGUUUCCAUGUGUUUUUGUAGAAAGAUUGACUAAAACAGCUGGUAAAUAAAUAAGAAAUUUUAAGUGACUUGUGAAAUACUGUAAUGGGAACCUUUGCCAAUGAGAAAAUGUUCUCCCUUUGGAUUAUGGGAAGUUUCUUGUGUAAUGUGGGAUGUGUGUGUACAUAUAUAUAUAAAUGUGUACGUAUAUAAAUUUUUUUAAUGUAGGUUAUCGAGAUUUUUUUCUGUCACCUUUUAAGUUCAGGGAACAGUUUGUCCUGGCCAAAUAUAUGUUAUCAGUAUAAUGCUUUAUGAAGAAAUGAACUGAUAGCUCAUUAAAUAAUAAACUACAAACAGGAUAUGUUGUUUUAAUAUCUUCAAGUAAAUAAUCUGAGGAUGUGCAUUACACACUUUAGCAGCAACACUGAGUUGUGCCUUGUACAUUUGCAUCGGCUAUACAUGCGAAAGAUUAAGUUAGCUAGAAUGAGGUAGUUGGGUUAAUAGUUCUACCUUGCAAGUGCUAUAGAAUAACUUGCAUUUUAAGGUAUACUUGCACAUUUUACAGACUAUGCUAUAUGGUUGCCUUGGGAUUUUCUGUACAGAUUGUUUUUGUUGAUAUUAAAUGGAAAUCAUAGUCCUGAAAAUACUGUUCUUAUGUGAAGUAAAUUGAUAAAACCUACUGUUGGCUA